AUGACAACAACCAUCUGGACGACUCUCUUUGGCCAGCCUGACAACCCCGACGACCUCAAGGGCCAACCAACGCUGUCAGAAGACGCCUGUGGAGACCUCAUCCACUCUCUCGCCCGUCUCGGCUACCUCUCCAACAUUGCCACCUCGCUCGACGGGAAAUCAUUCAUCACCCACGACCAACUCGACACCGACAUAUUAUCUCUCCUCGACAAGCGCAGCGGUCGUGUGAGCGUGCUGGACCUUCCUAGGGCAUUGAACACCAAUUCGUCCGAUAUCCAAGACCGUAUCCAGGCAUUGAUUCGCUCCCGACCCGGCAGGAUCUUUCACAUUCAGGAUGAGCUCGUCAAGCUAGAGUAUCUCCAGGAGAUGACAUCUCAAUUGAACCAGGAGCUCGCACAGCGUGGAUUCCUGACGGCUUUGGAAGUUUCGCGAAAGUACAAGUUCGGCAUCGACUUUGUCCGCCAGGAGAAGGCCGCUCUACUCAAAGCUCUGCACCAGCUCAAAGAACCGACGAGCUUGGCUUCGCUGAGGGCCAAGAAUGUUGUUCAGGAACAGCUCAUGUACGGAUUGUGCGAUACGCUGGCAAAGGAUACAGGACUUCCUGGAACGUUCAAGGGCGUGGGCGAUCAAGGCACCUUUGUGCCUCAACCCUAUGAGCAACAGCAAUCUGAUUGGAUCGAGACCUUUUUCAAGAACAACGGGUUCAUUGAACUGGAUGCGGUCAAGAAACAUGGAGUGGCGGAUCCAAAGGCGUAUAUGCAGGCAAACCACCCAACGGCCCUCCUGCUCGAAACUCACGCUGUCAAGGAGAGUAUCUGGUCCAUCAUCGAUGCCAGUGUUGAGGACACUAUUGCCAACCUCUCCUGGAUCGAUGUCAAGCCACUCGUGCCAUCACCCAUGACAAAGGAGGACAUCUCCCGCCUCCUCCAACAACUCCCCAGCCUCGAAGAACCAACAUCUCGGAUCCCAGUCGCCCCAGAACAGGACCCUUCGCUCACAGGACUGAAUGGAGGCUCUCCACAGGAGGCACUUGUGAUUCAGGACAGUAUUGUGGUGACCUCGGGGCAGUUCCAGAAGUGUCUCUUGAGGAUGGGUCCGCUUUUGGAUCGGAAAGCCAAGGCGUUGCUGUCGUGGAGGUUGUCCUUUGGUAACACCAACAACGAUGAUGAUUUGGCUGGUAGUGGUGGUCAGGGAGAGGGUGCGGAGGGUGUCUUUUCGAAUGACACUGCCAGUCUCAGAAGUCUGCUGGACCAAGCGUCUGCUAUUACUGGAGGUGGCCAAGGGUCCAGAAAGAGUCAAAAAGGAAAGCAGACACAGCAACAACAACAGCAGCAGGGAGUCAAAUCGGAUGGGAAGAAGCAGCUGCGGGAUUUCUUGACGAUCCAGGAUAUUAAGGACGAGAUUCGGGAUAUGGAACCCGAUUUUGAUUCUGCGGUCGUCAACGCUACUGCGGGUAUUCUGUACAAGGACUUGUUGCAGAACCUGAAGGAUAGGAACCGGUCCAUGGUUCUUCGAGCUCAGGAGGAGGAAGAAGAUGAUCAGGAGCAGGGAGGCGAGGAAAGUCAAGGUGCAGUGAGUGAGGAGCAGACACAGGAGGCACAGAAGGCCGUUUGGUCUAAUGCGGCCAUGUUGGAUAUUCAGUCACUCUCGAAGCGCAUCCAACUUUCGUCCAAGGCAAUCGAAGUCUUUGAAGAUGGCACGGCUAGGAACUCGCUCAGCAAGUACCUACUCCAAUCACUGUGCGUAGAACUACUCGACCUCACUACUCUGUACCUCACUACCAUUAUCAAAGACUCCACCGCCACCUUACCCACGACACCAUCCAAGAACGCAGAGGAGACACGCGAUCGUCUUCAAAAGGCAUACUCUGAACACCACAGUCAAACAGAAGCAUUCUCGGCAGGCAAAGGACCAUUCCUCCUUCCCUCCGAAGACGCCACCAUGUUAUUGGCGGAGCUUAUUCCAAAGGAUCAGGUUGAUCCGCUGAAGAAGAUGCGUAAAUUGACUGCUGGAAGCGGCAAGGAGAAGAACUUGACCGAGUACUUGAACAUCUGGUCGGGUCUUGUCAACAGCUCGAACAGUCGACUCGAGAAAGUCGAUACCUCUGAUACCGACGAUGGUGCCAAGUUGUCGGAACACUUGGAGGAGCUCCACAGAGUCCUGAUAAGCAUCGAACCCCAAACAGACUCCGGAGCCUUGAUGUUGCACAUCGUCACCCUGAUUGCGUUCCAGAAGUGGACUGGUCGCAUGCUCCACGCCUCUGGAAAGUACGUCCCACGUAUCCUGCGACAACUCCGAUCGACUAUAGAACAGCAGCAAACCCAGGAGCAGCCUGGUGCUAAUGGAUCACAGCUAGAGUUGUUGGAAAAGAUGAUGAGCCAUGUCAUGUCCAACAUCAAGCAAGCUCAGGAGGUGAGCGCGCCCGAAAGUGAACAGGACGCGAAGCAGCUCUGGCAGUCUGUUCACGAUCUCGGGAUCGACCUCACUAAACAGUAG